AUGUCGGGCAUUCCCGUUCCCAAGUCUAUGAAUUUAGAUACAUCUCCACCCUUGACUCCUCCCGGAUGUGAUUCAUCCUCCCCGAAUGGGCAAACUUUGCCAGAGAACAAACGCCCUCGUCCUGAAUCGAACAGUUCUGAUGAUUCAUUGGAUUUGUCUAUAUCCGCUCCGGCGUCAUGCAUGCGGGAUUCGUCUCACUUAGUCACUUUCGGAGAAAGUCGCCUUCACACAUCAACACGAGCGAAGGAGUUUUCUUGCAAUGAAUCGUUGGUGAACAUGCAACUUCUUCGCACUCUAUUGGCCAGAGAACCAAAUUAUCAUCCGAACAAUGCGUUUUUGUUCUAUGUGAAUCCGGAAGUUGAAGACAAGGUCGAUGCUUCACUGCGAAACGAAGCGGUGCAUAAUUUGCGUUUCAUGCACAAUGCGUUUUUCAAUUUGACCACGGAAACAUUCUGUAAAGCUGUCAACCUAAUCGACCGAUUCAUCGUCAAAGUCAAGGUCAAACCAAAGUACAUGGCUUGUGUGGCAACGGCGUCCUACUGUGCGGCAAGCAAACUGACACAUUCACAGGCAAAAGAUGUCGAUUUGCCUGCACCAGAUACCCUGGUUCACAUCACGCGUUGUGGUGGUAACGGUGCCGAUCUUAUCCGUAUGGAAGAAAUUCUCGCCUCUAAGUUAUCCAAUGACCUGGAUGGUGUGAAUGCUUACGACUUUUUACGCGCGUUCACAGACGCCUUGGUCGUUAUUGAUGCUGAACUGCCAAAAACGUCUAACACACUUAUCGGCCAUGACGCACCGAAUUCACUUGGGCGAUCAUCCGAUGUCGGAGACCUGAAUACAUCGUCCACUUCUAUCUCCGGUGACAACGGUCCUCUGGAUUGCUCCGAACGUGAGCAUCACGACACAUCUGGUGACGUGGAGCAUCAACACGGCCCGGUCACGAACCACGGUUCUGCUCUGGCCUCCCGAUCAGUGAAAGUGCAAUACAAUCAACUCCUGAGGCGUGUUAUGACACGAUUGGAAAUCGCGUUGUGCUCCUUGGAGAUUUACAGAUUCCGUCCAGCCUGUUUGGCUUUGGGCAUUCUGGCACAGACGGGAGUGACUGGUUUAGCACCGCUGGCGCAAACAUGCAGAGUCACAUGGGCUGAAGUAUGUGAAUGUGCCAGUUUAGUGGACGAGUUAUACGAGGUCUACUACCGUGAUCCGUUGCCAUCCAGUCGUCGGCAAAUGGUGUGGAAUUUGUCCAGGCGCACACUGUUCCGUAUAGGAUAUUCCAGUCCUACACCUUUGGAUACUAUCUCAGAGGAUUACGAACCUGCUGACGAUGAUGAAUGGCUUCUCCCACUGCUAUUCGAACCGUGA